CACAAGUCAACUCACACCAGAAGCAACUGAUGAACUGAUUGUAUUCUCAAAAAUUCAUGUCUGGGAGACUGGGACUACACGAAGUCCAGUGUAUGAUGCCCCCUGUUACGCCACAGGCGCGCACGUGCAGAGAAAACCCGUCGACAGCUGCGGAUGCUUCCACAGCCCCAUGCUUCCGCACUCCCGCGCCGCCCUCGUCCGAGCGAUCGCUGCGUGUGCCGGCUGCCGGGAAGCGCAGGCCCUCCACUCCCUGGCCUGGAAGCUGGGCCUCGCCUCCGACGUGGUCCUGGCCACCGCCUUGCUGACCCGUUACGCGAAGCGGGGUCUCCUGUCCGCCGCCCAGAGGCUGUUCGUCGAAAUGCCGCGCAGGGACGUGGUCGCCUGCAACGCCAUGCUCGCCGCGCUCGGCGCCGCCGGGAGGGCCGCCGACGCCCGGGCGCUGUUCGACCGAAUGGCGGACAGGACCCCCGCCUCGUGGAACGCCAUGGUCACGUGCUACUGCAGGGCCGGCGACCUCGGCUCGGCUCGGCGGGUCUUCGACGCGAGCCUCCGCGCGGGGAGCAGCAGCGUCGUGUCGUGGAACGCGAUGAUCGACGGGUACUGCAAGGCCGGGCGGAUGGACGCCGCGCGGGACCUGUUCGACCGUAUGGGCUCCACGUUGCCGGACGUCGUGACGUGGAACACGAUGAUGGCCGGGUAUUUGCACGGAGGGGAACCCGCCGCCGCCAUCGCCAUGUUCCACCGUCUGAUGCACAUUCAUCAGCAACAGCAGCAGGAGGAGGAGGAACACAGGCCGAGGCCCACCACGGUGACCAUGGCCACCGUGGUGAGCGCGUGCACCCAGGUGGGGGAUUUCGCCCUGGGCCGGCAGAUCCAUCUCCAGACCCGGCAGCAGGGGACACGGGUCGAUGCCGUGCUGAGCAACGCCCUCAUGGACAUGUACUUCAAGUGCGGGAGCGUGGACCGCGCGCUCGACGUCUUCCGCACCAUGCCUUGCCACCCGAACCUUUUCUGCUGGAACACGGUGAUCGCGGGGCUCGGCAUGAACGGCCGCGGCGAGGACGCCGUCGCCGCGUUCCGUGACAUGGUCGACGGGGCGCGGAACCGACGGCAGCACGAGGUCAAGCCGGACGCGGUGACGUUCGUGGCGCUCCUGUCGGCGUGCAGCCACUCGGGGUUGGUGGCCGCGGGCCGGAAGCUCUUCGCCGACAUGCUGCCGGUGCACGGCGUGCCGCCCCAGACGGAGCACUACGGGUGCGUGGUGGACCUGCUGUGCCGCGCGGGCUGCGUCGACGAGGCCGCGCGGCUCGUGCGGGCGAUGCCCGGCCGCCCCAACGCCAAGGUGCUCGGAAGCCUCCUGCUGCUCGACGCCCGCGACCCGGAGCGGCAGGAGGGCGGCGUCAGGCUGAGCGAGUGGGCGGCGCGGCGGAUCUCGGAGAUGGACCUCGGGGACGGCGCCGCGUACGGCCUGUCCAACGUGUACGCGUCCCUGCAGCGGUGGGACCGCGUCGAGGAGCACAGGAGGGGGGUGCGCGCGGCCGUGAGGCACGGCAAGGGCACUCGCCGCAAGCAGCCCGGCCGUGCUUGCUAUGACCUGGCCAGCUCCUGCACGAAUUGAACAACGCGAUGGCGCGGCAGCAGGGAAUGAGAGGUACUCCGUUCUCCGUAGUUCAGGUCGUUCAAGGAAUCAAGUUGUAUAGGAUUCACGAUGAGAGGUACCCUCAAAGUCAAAGCUGACUUUUUUGAAAAAACAAGUCAAAGCUGACUUGGAUGCCAGAAACCUGAUCAUCGUCUCAAUAGAUGCCAUUGUUUGAUGAUAAAUAGAAAAGAAUUUUGAGAAUUCGCGUUGUACUACACUUUGAGCUAACCUAGAGGCCGCGAUUAUGCAAAAAUGGAUAUAAAUGAAGUAAUCCCGAAACUCUUGGAAUCGUGAAGAAUUUCUUCCAUUUUAUUCAAUAUCGUGAAUAUAGUGGAAAAGGGCCCCCUAUAGAACAUUCCAUUGAAUGGAAUUGUUCAUUAGGUUUGACUUGCUGUUAAAAACAAUUGAAAAAAGUCUCUGUAUGUUAUUGUAAGGAACGGCGGAUGCAGCCUGCAAGUUUGUGUGUGUGUGUGUGUGUGGGGGGGG